AUGGCUCCUACUGUCGUCCGGCUGGGCGCUGCUGCCCUGGCCUGUGCCUCGAGCACCCUUGCCCUCGAGGCCUAUCAACUCAAGGAGUCCUACAACCCCUCCAACUUCUUUGACAAGUUCGCCUUCUUCAGCGACCGCGACCCCAACCAGGGGUUCGUCAAGUACAGGAACAAGGCAGAUGCCACCAGCCUUGGUCUGAUCAAGAGCACCAAGGAUGAAGUCACCAUCAAGGUCGACUCCACCGGGACCGACCAAGACGGCCGGAGCAGUGUCAGACUCGAGAGUGUCAACACGUACAACUCGGGUCUGUUCAUUGCCGAUUUCUCCCACUUCCCCAAGCAAGCCUGUGGUGCUUGGCCUGCUUUCUGGAUGGUCGGUCCCGAGUGGCCCCGGGACGGUGAGGUGGACAUCUACGAGGGCUGGAACUUGAACGAGCGCAACAAGGUUGUGCUCCACACCGACGACCCUCAGUUGGUCGGCUCGUGCACCAUCAGCCCGGGUGACUUCACGGCCAGCAUGAUCUACAAGAACUGCUGGAACAAAGCUCCGGGUCAACCGGGCAACACGGGCUGUGCGGUCGAGGAGCCCAACGGCUCCUUCGGCAAUGAGAAUGGCGGUGUCUACGCCACCGAGUGGGCGGAUGAUGGCAUCAAGGUCUGGUCCUGGCCUUCCGGGGGCGCCCCCGCGGACGUGACGAGCGGCAAACCCGACCCGACCAAGUGGGGCAAGCCCAAGUUCGCGGCCGGAGGCAACAACUGCGACGUCACCAAGGCCUUCCGCAACAUGCGCAUGGUGUUGAACAUCAACCUCUGUGGUGAUGCUGCGGGCGGCCUCUGGGGCGAGACCUGCAAGAAGAAGACCGAGGUUGAUGAGUGCUACCAGUAUGUGCAGUGGAACCCCAAGGCGUUCGAGAAGACGUACUGGCAGGUUCGCGGCAUCAACGUCUACCAGCUUGAGACGGUGAAGCCGACCCCGAGCUCGACCUCGACCACGAGCACCUCAACCAGCACUUCGACUAGCACUUCGACCAGCACCAGCACCUCAACCAGCACUAGCACUAGCACUAGCACUUCGACCACUUCGACUUCGGUUGCCGAGACUUCGACCGUCGAGUCGUCGUCCAGCACCUCGACUGCCGAGACCAGCUCUGUGCCCGAGGAGGAGCCGACCACUACCAUCACCUCGGAGACGGCGGCCGAGACUGUGACCCCGACUUCCUCGACCGAGGAGGCCAGCGAGACGGCCACUGAGACUGCCACCGAGACUGAGAGUGAGUGCUCGGAUGACAUUACCACCUCUACCACCGAGGUUCCCGAGGUGACCAGCACUGCGGCGACGGCGACUGCUACCGAGACCGAGAGUGAAUGCUCGGAUGACAUUACCACCAGCACUGAGUUGCCCGAGGUAACUAGCACCGAGCUGCCCGAGGUGACCAGCACCGCGGCGACGGCGACUGAGACGGAGAGCGAAUGCUCGGACGAUGUCACCGAGUCGGCGACUGCCGAGCCCACCAACUCGGUUCCUGAUGUGACAGUCACCUCCUCGGAGAGACUCACCACCUCGACCAUCUACACGACCACUACCUACACCAUCACGUCCUGCGAGCCUACCGUGACCGAGUGCCCCGGCCGCGUCGUGACCGAGACCAUCGCCGUUUCCACCACCGUCUGCCCCGUGACGGACGUUGAAACGGACGAGCCCACCGACAAGCCCACCGGGCCCAACCCCAACCCCACCGACAAGCCUACCGGCUCCAACCCCAGCCCCAGCUCUAGCGUCAGUGAGGUCGUUACCACCAUCCGCACUCUUACCACCAUCUCGAAGACGACCACCGUUGUCCUGCCCCGGCCGACCGGCGAGGGUGGCGACGACGAGGGCGAGGACGACAACAACGAGGGCGAGGACACCCCCUCGGGCGUGCCCAGCUCCGCUGUCUCGGAGGUGGUCGAGCCCACCGGUGGCGUGGUACCGCCGCCCAUCGAGAUCGUCACCACCCUGCCCACCGCCAAUGCCUCGCAGACCGCGAUCAAGCCGCCUAUUGAGACGGCCGGCGCGGGUCGCGUCCUUGUCAGCGGUCUGCUGAUGGCUGUCGGUGCCGUUGCUGUGAUGGUGCUGUAA